AUGUUUCUCCCAUUGCUUAUAUGUGUUAUUACAUUGUACUUACCACUAGUUAACAAUAAAAAAAAUGUAUGUACUAGUAACAGUCGACUGAGCUUGCAGCAUUACAUAAGUAAUAACACGUGUAAAGGAAGUAUAAAAGGUUGUAAUAGAUUACAAAGAAAGGUAUUCUGUCGUAGUAAAUUACAUGGAAGUGAUACCAAAUAUGAUAAGUCAACUUGCAAUGAAACAUUGCUAGACAUACUAGGGAGUAAAGUGAAUUACAUAAAAAACAUCCAACGGCUUUAUGAAGAUUUAAAUAAAUUAAAUGAAAGAGAAGAUAAAAUAAAAUACCUAAUAAGGGAAAAUAUUGAGACCUGUAAAUAUAACUAUUUACCACUAACCAAAAAAAAAAAAUUUACUAAUAAGAAUAUAAGAGCCUUUACAAAAGAAAAAAAAAGAUUUUACAUCAAUCAAGUGAGAGAUUCUGUUUAUUAUAAAUAUAUAAACAGGUGUAACUCCAAUGUGUAUUUAGCAAUAGAUAUAGUAAAAAAAAAGAAAAGGAAAUGGAACAGGAAAGAUAAGGAAGGCAAUCUAGUAAACGUCAAGCAUUUACGCACCGUUGGGGACUCGCUGCAUGAUAAUGAAGAGAAAGCAAAUAAUGAUACACGUGCAGAAGGGGAGGAAGAGAAGGUGGAGGCUUCAUCUAUCUUAAUGGACAUCAUCAAUGAACAUAAUAAUGACAAUAAGGAUGUUCAGGAAUUCAUUAGUAAAUGCAGUUUUUCAACAAAAAAUAGAUAUUUUAUUACCAUAGACGGGUUUAGCGACAAUCUAGUGUUGUGCUGCUUCCUUCAUUGCAUAUUAAAAGGCAUACAAAGAGUUGACCUAAAUUUUUUUCUAAAAAUGAAUAUUAAAAAAAUUGCAGAUAAUUUGAAAAACAUGUUUACAAUACAUUUUAACACAGAACAUGUUGUCGAUUAUGUAUAUAAAUAUAUAAGCAAUUUUUUUUUAAGCGGGGAUGGUGCUAAGAUGGGAAAUGGUAGUAAUAGCAGCGGCAGUAUAAGAAGCAGCGGCAGUAGAAGAAGCAGCUGCAGUAGAAGAAGCAGCGGCAGUAUAAGAAGCAGCGGCAGUAACAACAGCAGUAGUGAGGAGCUGUGUCGGGCAUUUACCCCCCGCAGCAAGGUAGACUGUUCCAUCAGUGAUAAGCUGAAGGGACAAUAUGAGGUUAUUCCUUCACGUUUGAGUAAUAGUAUGCCCAUUUAUUAUACAUUAAAGAACAGUAUGAAAAUACACCCAUAUCCUAGAAUAGCACACAUGCUUAGUGGAGGGGUUGACUCGCUGAUGGCUUUGCUUUUACUAGAGAAAAAAAAAUUUUACGUUGAUAAUUUCUUUUUGAAUUACAAUAAUUAUGACUGUAGUAAGAAUGACUUAAGGUAUGCAAGAAGCAUUUGUGGAAAGAGAGAUAGAAAUUUAUUUGUUAUUAACAUCAAUGAGGAGUAUUUUAAAAAGGUGUUGAUACCCAUGCUAAGGAGUUACUCAGAGGGGAAAAUACCUAAUCCGGACAUUAUGUGUAAUAAAAAAAUAAAAUAUAAGUAUUUCUUAAGUGUUAUAAGAAGUUUAUAUAAACAAAGAGUAACACCUUUCAAUUAUGAUUACAUUUCAACUGGUCAUUAUGCUAUGAUAAGCACAAACGAUUCGUUCAAUGCGAACAACGUUUUUAACAAUGACUUUCCGUAUGUAUAUGAUAAAGACGAAGGAGAAAUGGAGCAUAAGGUGAAGAAGCAAACGGGGAAGAAGGGUAAGCAGCAGGAGAAGAUGUUACAGAAAGAAGGAAAAAGGUACAAAUUAAUUGUUAGCCAUGAUAACAUAAAAGACCAGACGUUCUUCUUGUCCUCCUUCUCAGAGAAGCAGUUAUCCAAAUUCCUCUUUCCCUUAUGCAUGCACAAUAAAAGUGAUAUUAGAAAUUUUAUGAGAAAUGAAAAUAUUGACAACUACAAUAAGAGAGAAACCAGGGGGCUCUGUCUCUACGGAAAUGUUAACAUGCACAUGAUGCUCAAGUAUUAUUUUUUGGGUGGAUACUCGAAAACAGGUGAGAAAGCUAUUCAGGUGAGUGCAAAAGAUAAACCAGUUGACCAGGUCAGUCAACAAGUGAUAAACACACCUGACCAGGUCAACCAACAAGUGGCUAAAGCACCUGACCAGGUCAGCCAACAAGUGGCUAAAACGCCUGACCAGGUCAGCCAACAAGUGGCUAAAACGCCUGACCAGGUCAGCCAACAAGUGGCUAAAACACCUGAACAGGUCAGCCAACAAGUGGCUAAAACGCCUGACCAGGUCAGCCAACAAGUGAUAAACACACCUGACCAGGUCAGUCAACAAGUGAUAAACACACCUGACUUCUUCACCUUCAAGGAGAAGUACAUUUCUCUGUUUAAGUUAAACUACGUUAAUUAUAUCAUAAACGUGGAUGAAGGAAUUGUAAUUGAUAGAAAUAACGAUAUACAUUUAUAUGCUAUUGGACAGAACAAGCAUAUAACUAAUUUUAUACAUGAUAUUUAUAAUGAGCGCAUAAAAAAAAAAAAAAAAAAUUUCUUUUCAUCCUGUCAGUGGACCGUUGUUUAUAAAAAGAUGAUAAAAAAAGAAAAUAAUAAAGUUGUGGAGAACUUUAUAUACGUGACAAGAGAUUACACUGAUAAAAUGUUUACAAGGAUAAGAAGAAAAUGCAAACUGAGUAAAGUGAAAUGGAUUGAGGGGGAACUACCCAUGUGCUUGGAAAAACAAAAAAGGGGGGGCAAAGAAGAGGGGAAGAGAGAAACAGCGGAUCAAGAAAUGGAAAAGGAUGAAGAGAGGAUGCAAAAAGUGGAGGACAAAACACAGGAUAAAAUAAUAUUUGUCAAGGUCAGGAAUAAUGAAAAAAUAAAAAAGGCAAAAAUAAUGUUUACCUCGGACCAUUCCGUAUAUUUAAAGUUACAACAUAAGGAUGCUGGUUUAUCACCUGGUCAGAUGAUUACUUUUUAUUUCCCAUUUAUUAUAAAAAAAAAAGGGAGAGGCACGAAAUAUAUUUAUUCCUUAAAGAAGUAUGCACAUCGACCAAUUUAUUAUCAUUGUAUUGGUACAUCCAAAAUUAGUAAUCAGUACCUGGACGUUAAUUUAUAUCAAAGAAUAUUGAAGAUUCACAGAGAUAACAACUUGACUAUUUUUUAA